GUUGCCAGUCUCAAAACACUGUCUGCAGCUCUGCUAAAGAUAGUAUUACACAUUGACUUGUUUACAGCAGUGUUUUUAAAAGAAUGAUGCUGUAAAAUGAAAAAGUUUGACCGAGGAGUCUAGUGUUGGAGUGUGCAGCCUCUCCAAACGGUGAGGAGCUGUCCAGCCAGUUACAAUAUCUAAAGGUGGUACUUAAUUCUGUCCUCUACCUAAAUGAAACCAUUCUGAUUUGGUCUUAGCCCAACAGAUCAUCUUGGCUGAUGAGCUUAAGGGGCACUGCAAACUCAACCAAAGUGUCUACUUUGGUUUAACUCCUGUGUUACCCCCAGUAAAUGUAUCUUUUCCAUGGAAGAAAGGCUGAUACACAUCACACACCUGAUUUGUAAAACUUGCUUGAUGUCUCAAGUGGACUCCAAAACUUUCCUAGAAAAGGACAGAAGCUGGUUUGUUUUAAGAAAAUGGACUGAUGGAAAGAAAGCAAUGAGAUAUAAAGGUGGCUUCUAGCAGUUAGCUCCUGUGAACCCAGAAUUUAAAAAAAAAUAAAAAAAUCUUUUCUUUCUUUCUUCUUAUUUUUUUUUUUUUUUUUUAAUUACAGUACUUACAGCUUUGCACCCGUUUGUAAAGUGUAAUUGUUUAAAAACAUUUUGUCUUGUUACAAGCCACCUUAUGCGUCUGCGCUGCUAGGGAUAAGAGUUGGGAGAAAUUAGAGGAUGGCGGUGAAUCCCCUCUGUUUCUCUAUAACUCGCGCGCAUGCACUGCAUGGAGUGUGAAAGCAGACUAGCUGUCCAUUUGUCAUGAGUCCCAACGGGAGUGGUCUGGUUUGAUUAAUAUUGGGUUGGGUUCUAAAAUUCAGAUACUGGUAUCUGAAGGGGACUAUUGAGAAAAGUACAUAGAAUCUAUUUGGGAGAUGAUGAUUUUUUUUUUUCUGCGACUGGUUCUCGUCAAGUCAUGUGGACAUCUAAUGCCUGUUACACUUCACUGCUGCUUCAGCGUCACUGGCAUAGGAUACAGUCUGCGCCCGCGUAGGAUGCUGAUUUCUUUAUUUCAGAGAUCUGGAGACAACUAGUUUGAGAGUCUUUUCUUUGGCGAGGACUUGCUGAAACAAGACAAGAACAUUAAACAAAACAUGAUAUAUUUCUUUAUAAUCAGUGCAUUUACAAUAUCAAGCCAGCUGUUUCCUUGAAAUUGAAAGCAAAAUUUACACACUAAACUAACCUUAAAGCCUUUCUUCCAGCCAUGCACUGUGCCGCCACCACCACCACCACCCCAAACCUCCUGCAUGACGAACAUAUAAUGACAGCAAGCUUGACAUGUCCUUGUCUAAAUCAUAGAGCAUAUCCAAAAACAUUUCACUUGCUUUGUUGAGAUCUUUUACUAAUGAUCUUGUUUUAUUUUCUCUCUUGUUUUUGGUUUUUUACCACUGAUAUUGUAUUUAGAAGGUUUCAGGUGGGUGAAAACUGCUAUGCCAUACGUAAGGUGCCUCGCUGAAGGGAGCCUGAGGCCUGGAUCUAGGCAGACAUGCACCUCCUCCUCUUCCAGCAAAGAACGCACCGAAAAGUCACAUGAGAAAUAUGGCUUGCUACUUGAAAGCAAUUGAAACACAACCAAAUUUUGCCGUUGCAUGGAGUAAUCUUGGAUGCGUAUUUAAUGCACAAGGAGAGAUCUGGCUAGCAAUUCAUCACUUUGAAAAGGCUGUAACACUUGAUCCAAAUUUUCUGGAUGCUUAUAUCAAUUUAGGAAAUGUUCUAAAGGAGGCUCGCAUAUUUGACAGAGCGGUAGCAGCUUAUUUACGUGCUCUUAGCCUGAGUCCAAAUCAUGCUGUGGUGCAUGGAAACUUGGCUUGUGUGUACUAUGAGCAGGGACUCAUUGAUCUUGCAAUUGACACGUACCGACGGGCUAUUGAACUGCAACCUCACUUCCCUGAUGCUUACUGUAACCUUGCCAACGCACUCAAAGAAAAAGGCAGUGUGGUUGAUGCAGAGGAAUGUUACAAUACAGCUCUAAGACUCUGCCCUACACAUGCGGAUUCUCUCAAUAAUCUGGCAAACAUCAAGCGGGAACAAGGAAACAUAGAGGAAGCAGUACGUCUGUAUCGGAAAGCCCUGGAGGUUUUCCCAGAGUUUGCUGCUGCUCAUUCAAACUUGGCCAGUGUUCUGCAACAACAAGGGAAGCUUCAAGAGGCUCUGAUGCACUACAAAGAGGCUAUACGAAUCAGUCCCACAUUUGCUGAUGCUUAUUCCAACAUGGGCAACACACUGAAGGAGAUGCAAGACGUCCAAGGUGCACUGCAGUGCUACACCAGAGCAAUUCAAAUUAAUCCAGCUUUUGCUGAUGCUCAUAGUAAUCUUGCUUCCAUUCACAAGGACUCAGGAAACAUCCCUGAAGCUAUCGCUUCAUACAGGACAGCUCUGAAACUGAAACCUGAUUUCCCUGAUGCUUACUGCAACUUGGCUCAUUGCCUCCAGAUUGUAUGUGAUUGGACGGAUUAUGAUGAACGAAUGAAGAAACUGGUCAGCAUUGUGGCCGACCAAUUAGAUAAGAAUAGGCUGCCCUCAGUGCACCCACACCACAGUAUGCUGUACCCACUGUCUCAUGCUUUCCGGAAAGCAAUUGCUGAAAGACAUGGAAACUUGUGUCUAGACAAGAUUAACGUUCUUCACAAACCACCAUAUGAACAUCCGAAGGACUUAAAAGUCAGCGACGGCCGACUAAGAGUGGGUUAUGUGAGUUCAGACUUUGGAAAUCAUCCCACGUCACAUCUCAUGCAGUCAAUACCUGGAAUGCACAAUUCAGAUAAAUUUGAGGUUUUCUGUUAUGCACUGAGCCCUGACGAUGGAACCAAUUUCCGUGUGAAAGUAAUGGCAGAAGCAAAGCAUUUUGUUGACUUGUCCCAGAUUCCUUGUAAUGGAAAAGCAGCAGAUCGUAUCCACCAAGAUGGAGUCCACAUCCUAGUUAACAUGAAUGGCUACACCAAAGGGGCCAGGAAUGAAUUAUUUGCUCUCAGAGCAGCACCUAUUCAGGCUAUGUGGCUGGGAUAUCCUGGAACAAGUGGUGCGCCAUUUAUGGACUACAUUAUAACUGACAAAGAGACUUCACCCAUUGAGGUUGCUGAACAAUAUUCUGAGAAAAUGGCUUACAUGCCCAAUACGUUUUUUAUUGGGGACCACGCGAACAUGUUCCCUCAUUUAAAGAAAAAAGCGGUGAUAGACUUCAAGUCCAAUGGUCAUAUUUACGACAAUAGAAUAGUACUCAAUGGAAUUGACUUGAAAGCUUUUCUAGAAACCUUGCCUGAUGUGAAAAUCGUUAAGAUGAAGGGGCCAGAUAAUACAGAUGACAGCAACUCUGCACUUAACAUGCCUGUCAUUCCCAUGAAUACCAUAGCAGAGGCAGUCAUUGAAAUGAUAAACAGAGGACAAAUUCAGAUUACGAUUAAUGGAUUCAACAUAAGCAAUGGAUUGGCUACGACACAGAUAAACAACAAAGCUGCGACAGGAGAAGAAGUUCCUCGUACUAUAAUAGUUACAACACGCUCACAGUAUGGGCUUCCGGAGGAUGCUGUUGUAUAUUGCAACUUCAAUCAGCUUUACAAGAUUGACCCUCCCACGUUACAAAUGUGGGCAAAUAUUCUGAAGCGUGUUCCCAAUAGCGUCUUGUGGCUUCUCCGAUUCCCUGCAGUAGGAGAGCCAAAUAUUCAACAGUAUGCCCAGAAUAUGGGACUUCCACAGUCCAGGAUCAUUUUCUCUCCUGUUGCUCCUAAAGAGGAGCAUGUCCGUAGAGGACAGUUAGCUGAUGUUUGUUUAGAUACGCCUCUAUGUAAUGGGCACACCACUGGCAUGGAUGUGCUCUGGGCAGGAACGCCCAUGGUCACUAUGCCAGGUAAGGAACCACCGGAAAGCUUAGUUGUGCUCAACAAAGGUUGUUCUUCAGGAGAUACACUUGCAUCUCGAGUUGCUGCUUCACAGCUCACUUGCCUUGGUUGUCCAGAGUUAAUUGCUAAAAGCAGACAAGACUACGAGGAUAUAGCUGUGAAAUUGGGCACAGACUUGGAAUUCCUAAAAAAGAUCCGUGCUAAAGUGUGGAAGCAAAGAAUAUCCAGCCCUCUCUUCAAUACUAAGCAGUACACAAUGGAUUUGGAGCGAUUAUAUCUGCAAAUGUGGGAGCAUUAUGCUGCUGGAAAUAAACUGGACCAUCUCCUCAAGCCAAUUGAAAAUACAGAGUCUGCUUAACUUUCUGUUUUAUGAUGUAACCUUGGAGAUUGUUUGAAACACAAUACCAGAGGACUGGAAUGCACAGUCGGGCCUGCCAAUCUGUGCCACAGAAGGAAAAGAUUUGAAUAUCUGUUGAUAUUUAGACAUUUUAUUUGCUCUCUCUAAAUUUGUGUUCCUCUUGGUAAACCUACAGGGAAUCUUUCAAAUUGCCAUCCAGUUUAGACAUCAUGGGCAGACAUUUUUUUUUUUAUGCCAAUUUUAGUCUUGUCUUGCAGUAUACAUAUUUGAAAUUUCAGGCUUUUAAACAUACACAUUCAUGUUUGUGUCUGCUAGCUGAUUCCUUUAUUCACAGCUUGAAUCUUAGCUAACCGUGCUUAUUUGAAAGAUUAAAAAGAAAAAAAAUAAUCACACGGCAUCAUUAAUGGUGUUCUAGUCCUUUUAUAGGUUUUAUAAACCACUUGUAGCCUUUUUAUGUCUGGCGUCUGUUUACAAGCAGCUCUGUAUGUAUGCUUUUGGUAUAGAUGAUGAAAAGUCUUUGAGGGAAAAAUGUGUUUGUUUUUUUUUGCAAAUAUUUUAUUUAAAUUUUCUAAGUCAACCCAUCUUCAAACAAAUAUCCUGUUUCCAAAAAACAAACUCAAAUAUACAUGCUACAAAUAUACGUUUAGCAACAGUCAGACCUGUGCAAACAGCAAAGUGUUUAGUGGUUCAUGUGUUUGAGGAGCUAAGGCAGGCUUGUGUGUAUGUGUAGUAGUAGAUUCAAGUGUUUCAUUUAUAAAUUGUCAUUUAAAAAAAAAAAAAAUGUUCAGAGGAAGCAUAUACUUUUGUGUGUGUGUGUGGUUUGUUUUUUGUUUAGUUUUUUUGUUUGUUUUUUCCCUCCUGUGGAUGCUUCAUGCAUUUGAGUGAAAAAUGAGCAUGUGCUUGAACAGGUUAGUUAUAAUUAAAUAAUGCACCUGCACAUUGCAUUGCCUGUUGAUUUAAUAAACCUUAUGUUGACUUUGUAGGUUUUUUUUUUUUUCUGUUCAUAAUUGUUUUCUUUCAAAUGUAUGAAUUUUAUUUUUUUUGUUCAGUAAAAUUUUCAGGUGGAAUAUAUAA